GGCUGACUGGUGCUUCGGUGAUGAAAGAAGGGGCUGAGAGGGCAGGGUGCAGUCCAGGGGGGUUGUGCCUGGCCAGGAUAUUGCCCAGGGACUGGCUUUUGCACCCCAGCUUGGCUUGUGCGCACCAGGCUGGAGGUAGCAGUGCUUGGGCAUGUGAUGUGGCAUCACAGGUCCUGAAGAGAGGCCAUUCCUCCAUACCGGGCUGCCAAGCAUGUUCCACCUCUUCUCUCACUGCUGGUCGUGGUUGCAGGCCAUACAGGAGCCCAUCAGGAAGGUGACCCUCCUUGUCGUGGGGCUGGACAAUGCGGGGAAAACUUCCGUCAUCAUGGACAUAGAGAGAGCUGGCGAGGUGCUGCCCGCGGUGCAGCCCGGCCAGACCCGCCUGCGGGUGGACAGGUUCGAGGUGACGCUGGUGGACCUUCCUGGGGGCCAGCGCUCCCGCAGCACCUGGCGCAGUCACUACAGCGCGGCCCAUGGGCUCCUCUUCGUCUUGGACUCCAGUGACCUGGCACGGAUGGAAGAGGUCCGCAAGGUCCUGAGCCGUGUCCUGAGUCAUCCUGACGUCUCCGGGAAGCCUCUCUUACUGCUGGCCAACAAGCAAGACGCGACAGCUGCCCUGCUGCCCUGUGAGCUGAUCGAGCGCCUGUGCUUGGAGCGCCUGGUCAAUGAGAACUGCUCGCCUUGCCGCAUUGAGCCCUGCGCGGCCAGGAGGGACCACCCCAUUGGUCCAGCCCGUACCACCUUGCAGGGGCUCCGCUGGCUCCUCCGUGCCAUCCCUGCCACACCGCUCCCACCGCCCAGUGCUAGGGUAGCCCGCGCACGACCACCCACACGCAGGGACCCACUGCCGCCCGGGGAGGAUACUCGAGAUGGAGCAGCGAAGACGGGGGAGCACCGGCCCAUCCGCCACCUCCUCCCUGUGGAGGAGACCACGAAAGGCCCUGGCAGGAGGAAGAGAAAGGUGAAGGUGAGGAAGAAGAGCUCGGGACAGCCAAGCCCAGUUGAGGAGCCAGAGGGACCAGGAGGAGUGGGUGACAGCCGUGCUGGGGCUGCCGGGGGGCUGCUGCCUCCCAACCGGGUGGGACAGGAAGAACCCACACUCACUGUGAUGGCUACCCCGCACCCAGGUAAGAGUUGGUGUUACGGGCACUACUGGCACCAGGACCCCCAGACACACCCUAUAGGGUGGUUUGGGACCCAGCAAGGUGGCAGCACGCUGGGCUACUGGUCUCUGCCGUCUCCGUUAGCUUUGCUUUCAGAUCAGCUGAGCAGGGUCAUGGGAAUCUGACCAGGGAGGAAGAGAGGCACCUCUAAGCAUCUCUGCAAGGGUUGUUGCAUGGAGGUGAUGGAAGACUGUGGAUCCGCCAGUCCUCUCAUCUGCUUUGGUGACAAACUCAUACUCACUCAGAUGUGGUGCCUGAAAUUUCGUAUUUCUCCAUCUAGUGCAGGGCAUGAAAAAGAAGAAGAAGAAGAAAAUCAAGAAUAAAAUCAAGUCGCAGGAUCCUGCCAUGGAGCAGCAGCGUGAGGAGGUCUCAAGCACUUUUGACUUGUACCGUCGGGCGAUGCUGGCUCUGAAGAUGAGGCAGGAGCAGAGGAAGCAGCAGUCUGCCAUUGUCCCUUGAGCAGGAAGGCACAUCCCAGGGAAUGUGACAUCCCAGAGGACUCCAAACUGCAGCAACAGUGGGACCCACACUUGUGUAGGGCUUCUGAGGUGCUUGGCCAGCAUCCUGGGCAAUGGGUUUUGGGGCAUGAACAGCAUCAUAGUCCUCUGCACAGCUUGAAAACCAGGGAUCCACAGGAGUGAAGCAAAAGUGCCUUUCUAAGAUGUUAUUCUAGCAGCCAGGCACAAACCUAUCUGAAAAGGGAACAGCUGGACACUUGCUGACCCUGUGUUAGUAUUCCAUGGAAGACUCAGCCUGAACUCAGCUAAGCCGGUGGAAAAGAGGAAGAUCAGAGCAAAUAUUCCAGGGGAAAAAAGGUCACAGCCUGGCUUGGCCUCUCAGUCAGUCCUUGUCUGCUGCCCAGACAAGUCUAAUUUCAUGCUGCUGAAGGUGGGAAGGCAGUCAGGGGUGCCUGCAGAAGAGUUUGACCUGGCCCCCAGCCACAUCUUGCAGGGCUGUCAGGGGCUCUCUCACACCCAGUGGAGGAGGGUGAUGCCCAUGUUGUCUGUGCAUCCUUGCAGCUUGUCAGUGAAGGCUUGCACAGUUCAAAGGCAGAUGGCUUGUGGUUGAGGCCAUUGGAGGCUCCUUCCCAAGAAGGGAGCAUUCCUCCUGACACUGCCAUCCUCCCAGCACAGGCAGUGCUGACCUAUAAGUAACGCAAAAUGCUCCUGUGUUGCUGACAGCCUGGCACCUACAGCCCAGGGCAGCUUCUGAGCUGUGCUGAGCUCAGCUCUGAGACAGGAGAGUAACCAGCAUCCACAUCCCAACACAACCCAUCCAUGACACACACCAUGUCUGGCAGAGAACAGCUGUUGCAAAGCCGUCCUGGAGGGCUUGUGCUCCCUGGCUCCGGCUGGAAGUACACAUGGAGGAAAACCAGCCAUCAGCCCUGGAAAUACUUCACGUGAAGCCAGGAGUGCAGCAGUUUUCCCUCCACCGGUGUGACAGUGUUGGGAUUUCAGUUGUGCUCAGCAGCAGAGCGUGAGUCACCUCUCCUGCCCUCGUUACUGAUUAACAGGCAAUUCCUUCACAGUCCAAGGGAAGGAAAACUGGUAAAGCCCUUCCCUCAACAGGGCUGAACAUGGCAAAGAAGAGAAACUCUGGCUACUCUGCCUUGCAGUCUGCUGUAAAGUUCUGUGUAACUCUGUCAGAUUCAAUUGUCUGUGACUAUAGGGAUUAAUUGUAAAGAACUUGCAAAUAACAAAAGCAGAAAU